UGCAGGAGACUAUUUAAUUGGGGGCUGACAGUCAAACUUCAGCUUCAACGGCUGCAGUCUAUAGUAGCUGUGUAACCAAUAACUCAUUUUUUUCCUUCUCUCUUCACUCACUCACUGUCCACAAUGAAGAUACUGCUGAGCCUGAUUGUUCUGCUCUCUGUUUUGCUGUUUGUUAGUUCAGCUCCUCCAACUUGCUACUCAAGGAUUCUGUCUUUGAGCAAAGAAAUCACUGAAUCCUUCAAGUCCUUGAAGAACUCUAAGCCUGUGGACCCAUGUGUAGAGACAUUGCCCAACCUUUACUUGGAUGUACAUAAUUACUGUGUGUUGGCCAAACUCCGUAACUUUGUGGCAUACCCCAGAUGUCAGAGAGUUCCUCAACUGAGUGCUUUGAAGGAAAAAGCUAGGAGCCUAUACACCAUUAUGAUCUCUUACUGCAGAAGGGACUUGGUCUUCCUGACAGAUGACUGUUAUGCUUUGGAAAGCCCCAUUCUCACUCCCACUGAUCCAUCCAGUACUUACAGCUAAAACAGUCAGCCCAAAGGAAUUACCUGGGACAUUUUUAAGGAGGCCAAGAGCCAAAAUUUUUUUUUUAAAAAAAUGCAUCAGCUACAACAUUAACAACCUUGUCUUUUUCAAGUACACUAGCAGUAUUAUCUCAGACCUACCUGUGUUUCUCAGCCACGGCAGGAAAUGAACUGCAUGCCUUACAUACCUACCAAGCUGCUAGCAAAACUAUGGUUAGAGUGCAUUUUAUUCAUUUGGCAGUUUACCUUGUCUCAAUUUAGCUAAAUAUACAAUGUAUGUUUUGUGUGAACAUCACAAGUUAAAAUGUUAGAGUUGUUGUUCUUUUAUACGAAUCUAGUUAUUCAUAAAAAAAAGUAUACAUUAGGAUUAAUAUUCUAGCCUAAUUUAGUAGUUCCUCUUUCAUUACAAGCAGGCUUGCAAACUGGCUGUUUUUCUCUAAAGGAGCAAGGGAUUUUUUUGUUGGUUUGUUUUUUGUUGGGGGGGGGGGCAAUAUUUUUUAUUAGCCAGCUGUAUAGUUGGGAUUCCUAAAUCAUGCAGUAGAAGCGUUUGUCUGCACUGGCCAAUAUCUAUGUAGCUGUGUCACUCAAACCUGUUGAUGGCUUCUUUUUUAAUCAAAUGUAUAUCCAUACAUGGAAGUAACCCCUUCUUAGUGGAAAAAUUAAAAUUAAAAAAAAAAUCCUUCUACCCAGAAAA